GAAAACCCAAACUUGAAAACUUGCUUGAAAAGAAAUCUCGUAGAAAGCGAUAUUUUCUCCUGAAGAAAAUGAGUUAAUCGCACAAAAGUUUUUAACUUUGAAGACCGAAGAUCACAUCAAGAUAUGGAAGGUCUACGCAUAGUGGAUGUGAAGGUCCUAGCUAUUCUAGAUGCAAGCACAUUCAUUGGCUUGGCCUUGGAUGACAGCAAUGAAAGUCGUGAUUUUGAGGACUUGAGUAAUUAUGUCAAUGAUCACUACAGAAAUGAGAAACCGAUGUCAGUGGUUGUACAAAGCCCUCAUCCAGACAAGAUAUACUGUGUUCGGAGUUCAACAGAUCAAACUUGGUGUCGAACGAAGGUGGAUAUUGUCUUUCAGGCAUCAAAUGGUCCACUUGCACAGUGCUACUUGAUAGACUUUCAUAGAAAAGAAAAUAUCAAUCUCAGAUGGCUAAGAGAAUGCCCAAGUGAAUUCCGAAAAUUGCCCACCCAGGCAAGGAGAUACACCCUGUAUGGUAUUCAACCAAUUUCAAUGAAAACAGAUGUAGAGAACUUCACCACUAGUUUACAGCCAUGCAAGCAGUGGGAUAGUUCUGCUCUUACAUAUGUCAAAACAAGGCUGAAAGAGCGUGCUAGUGUCAAGGUUGAAGUCUGGCGGGAUAAUGCUGAUGCUGUCCAAUGUCUUGUCUUCCUUGCUGAGGCGCUGGGAUUCGAGUGUCUGAACGAUGUAUUAGUGGAGAAAGAGUUUGCAAGACAUACUGAUAUCACGUGCAAAGGUCGCACAUUGCCUGUUGUGGGAGUCUUUCAGGAAACAGAGUCAUGCAAAGGAGACCUCGAAAAGAUAUUUGGUGGAGCAAUAGCGACCGUUCCAACACAAGUCUUGAAGGCCUACACGCCUCCACGCCGCCCUUCAUUCGGACAGCCACCUGGUCAUCCCGUGCCACAAAGAGAGCCGAAUCCUUUUCAGCAUGCUCCUGCCCUCCCAUCAGUGCAGUCACGGGUUCCAUCUCACUUUGCCCAACCUCAAGAGUUGGUCAGGCAACCUCCACAGUUGGUUAGGAAGGAUCAAGAAACACCUGUAAGUGCCGGGUUGGCAGUCUUAGGAAAAUACAGCCCAGCCAACAGCUCUGAUGAACAAAGUCCGCCCAAAAUCGUCCGAAGGCGUACACCGAACUCAAGCUCAAAGCCAAGGAAUGAGGUGGAGCAGCAGAUGGCGGGCCGAAGUACAGCGGUGUUGGCACUUUCUGGUGAUAUCUAUCCAACUUCUGUGAGGCCUCAGCCAGCCCCCAAUCCUGCUCUUCAAAUGACUCCACACUGUGAACAGGGGGAUUCUUUACCUGCAAAGCGUUUGUUCGAUCAUCUUGCACCAGAAGUUGUGGCUGCCAUUCCCCCUGAAGCACUUCAUCAAGUUCAAGCCCAGAGAAGUACUUCCGUCGGUCAUGGACAAGUUCCCAGUGUUGCUAACCCUAUGAUGAAAGUUGCAGAUUUGCCACCUAUCGGCCGUGGCUAUGGACGUGGAGCAGAAUUCAGUUCGUUUGAGCAACGGACACUCGGUCAAAAGCCGGGCCAAACUGCCAUGUCGCCGUCUCUUGAUUCAAGUGUUGGUACGCGUAGUCUUUCACCUGGCAGAUUUGUGACUCCUCAGUUACACCAUCCACCAACAGUACAGAGAACAGCUAAUGUGGAGCUGCCAAAACCAGCUGCCCUCAACGAUACUCCUUCUCCACCAAAUCCCCUGGCUUUCGGACGAGGCAGAGGUAUAAUCAACCCAAAUUUUUGUCCCGCUGCCAUCGGUCAAAACAUCCCGUCUCUGUCCAGUCAGACGUCACCGAGUACUACUCCAUUCAUUCAGGCAGGCAAACCAGAAACGAGUCUCUGUCAAAAUGCAAGCUCUGUUCCACAGCCUGUCAUUAACACCACUCAUCAGUUUCAACCACCUGCAGCUAGCUCAAGUCAUGUGGGAUUCAUUCCGAGUCAAAACACAGGAUUACAGAUUGCAGCGCCUAGAACUCCUGCUGCUGCACAGAACAGUAGCAGUGAUGAUUUUAAUUCACCUGUGAGGCCGCCUUCUGCAUCCAGUCUUCCAACUGCAUGCGACAGCCCUUCCCAGACUGCAAGAGGUCUCGCUUCCCUCACGAAAAACCCGGCCAUUUUGAAAAUGCUGCCAGAAAAGUGCUUUGAAAAUCUAACCACGAAGAAAAUGGAAGCUCUGCUUGAUCUCAUCAGUGCAGUGGGCAUAUUGAGUAAGGAGGAUGAAGAAGACAAGAAUGAGCAAGGGCAGGAUGAGAGAUUUGACCAAAAGGUUCCACCUGCCAAUUACUGUGAGACUACUAUGGCUAAUUCUGGUAUAGCACCAGCAGCCAGCCUUGUGCUAGAUCCGAGGAUUAAUAAUGCUGGUUCCGCACUUCAAAGACAAGAUUUCAGCCUGUCUAACCUUGGACAGGUACCCCAUGCUGUUGGUGGUGUUACUGGCGGUGUUAAUACGGUACCUUCCCUCACUCAGCCUGUGGUGGACCCGGCAGUGUCAAAGGACGGUCAAAGCGCAAAGUUACUAGAGCGAGUCAACAAGUUUUUCUGCCAGCAAAGCUUGCAGCAAGCAUCCAUUAGUGAAACACCAGUUAACAUCAGUGGGUCUCCGCAUGGGAUAGGAUACCAGCCAAGUCAGUUCUCUCCUCAGCGUGGGAAUUCUGUCAUCGAGGAACCAGGAUUCAUGUCGGUGCCAAGUAGUAACCCAGGACAGUCCUUACCAAAGGCUAGUCCUGUUAUAAGACCAGCCAUCCCAUCUACAGAGUCUCAUAUAAGGCAGCCACUACUGACGAGCCCCUCUAUGUGCAGCAGUGUGGGUGACCAGGCAAACCAGGUAGGGGUCACAAGGGAAGAGUCGGCACGGAAUGGCUACUCGAUGCAACAGAAUCUUGUUGCUAGUGUCCAAGAUGUCAGACGCGACAACACCCAGGCAAUGAGUCGGCCGUCGCCAAAUAUGAUGCCGUCGUCAUCUCAUCUCGCCAGUCCUGCGUCUGUCCCUGUCAGGAGUCCGUUGUCCGCCACAGUCGGUAGCGAAGAGGAGAAAAGAUCUGGAAGCGAUUCCGGCAGCACUAGUACCGGAUCGAAACUGAUGUCUCGUCUGCCAAAACUGGCCACAUCCAAGAAGACCAGCCCAGUGGUGGCGCCGGUGGAGAGGAGUGACAUGUUCACGAUGAUAAUGGAUGAGCCAAGAGAAACUCCAACCCCAACAGAGAAACCCCUUCGAAGCAUCUUGAAGAAAGCAUCCCCAUCCAGUGUAUAUUUCUCUGAUUCUGACAAAGAGGGCACCCUUAUGAAGAAGAAGGUGAAUCUGAGCUUGCCCACACAGAGGGAGGAAGCGGGCGUGAUGGUGCAAUCACCUGACUCGGACUCUGAUGGCGCUGAGCCCAGUCGCCUGGUGAUCAGGCGGGAAUGCCACCGAAGCAGACGCUUGUUGGAAAUGAUUAAUCCGGAAGUUUACGAAAGGCGCUACUUAAGAACCAUGUUGUCCAUGUCAAUGAGUGGGUUUGACAGUGUCAUAAUCAAUGAUUCUGGUGUGAUUACCGAUGGAGAGAUUGUGCCAAAGAAACCCACCCUCCAACUCGAGAGUUCUCAUCUUGCCGAAUAUAUCAAAAACAGAUUGGCUGGGAAGAAUUUUCCGCUGCCCACCAAGAUCCAGUCCUGGUGUUGGCCAGCGAUCCUGAGGGGACUGAAUGUGAUUGGUAUAGCUCCACCUAGAAGAGGAAAGACACUAGCCUACAUGGCUCCACUGGCUACAUUGAUUCUUCAGAAGGACAGCUACACUGAACUGCCGUCUGGAAAUGGGCCAAUAGCCGUGAUUCUGGCUGGGUCUUGGAAGAGCGCCAUGCUCAUCUUCGACCACUGUCAACUCCUCGUGGGUGGCAUCAGUGACGCCAGGACCAAAAUGAUCCACGGAGAUGGUGACGAAGAAAACAUGAUUAUUGAGCUGAUGAAUGGCUGUGACAUUCUUAUUGCGACUCCUCAUUGUCUGAAUCGAAUGCUGGCAGGAAAGUACACCAACUUCGAACGGCUGUGUCACCUGGUUGUUGACGAUGGUGAUGUUUUGAUCGAGGAAUUCACAGAGGAGGUUCGCUCGAUCUUGGAUGCAUAUAACGAUGCUAUAGAUGCGGCCACAGAACGGAGUGUACCAAACCAGAUCAUGCUGUUCAGCUCUCAGUGGACCCAAGGUUUCAGGUCGUUCCAUAACAGAUGCAUGCUGAAUCCUGCUGUGAUUAUAUCAUCAAGCUUUGAGGCCGCUAUCUAUGGUGGAGUGGAACAGAUUCCCGAUGUAUGUCCUGCUGAUCAGCGUUUCCAAAAGCUUCCCGGUAUUCUGGAGGAGCUGUCACAUGACCAUGAGAAGAUCAUCAUAUUCACCAACACACCUGAAGAAGCAGACGCUGUUUACAAGUUGCUGCAGAACUACUGUUUCCAUGCCCUUCUCUACACUCACGCCAUGCUGACUGAAGACAUUGAGAUGAUCCAGAGGGAAUGGAAACAGCCCCAUGAUGCUCAGUCAAAACCUGUCCUGGUGAUGACCGAUGGUGGAAUUCGUGAGCUGCAGAUUACUGACACUACCUGUGUCAUCCAUUACACCAUGUCAGAGACGAAGACCAAGUUUGGUAAUCGUCUUGGCUGCAUGGAAGAUCAUCUCAAAGUGAUCUCCAGAGAUAGCGAGAAGAAGUUGGUGUCUUACAUCCUGAUCUCCCAGGAGUGUGGUCGACAGGCUCCAACUCUGCUGAGAUUACUGAGGAGGAUUGGAGUGAACCCACCAAAAAAUCUGGAACUUCUGGCAGCUGGGGUCAUGGAGGGCCGUGAAGAGGGCAAACAACAACCUCUGUGUCACUAUCUCAAGUCUUAUGGAAGAUGCCGCGAUAUCAACAAGUGUCCAUCACGCCAUGUGAUAUCAGCUGAGAUUGACCAGCCCGAUCCUGAGAUACCCCUGCCAAAGAACGGUGAAGUCAAAGUGCUGAUCACGCACGUCACCAACGCCAGCCACUUCUACGCUCGCAUCCAGGAGCAUCGGCAGUUCUCUGGUGCAGACGGCAAGGUCACCAAGAACACCACGUUCGCUGAAGCAGUCUCAAUGUUACACUUCAAAGUGCUGCAGUAUUUCCAAGCAGAGAGUCGACGUGUUCACUGUACGUCACUCCGGGUGGGUGAACUCUGUGCCGUGGAUGACAGACGAGGUGUCUAUAGCAGGGCAAGAGUUCUGCAGGUACCAAGGAGACUGUCUGACGAUGCAGAGAUUGAGGUGAUCUAUGUUGAUGAAGGAAGAACAGAUACGGUCCAGCUCAAGCACAUCUACGUGUUACCAGAUCAUCUGUGUCUGGAUAAGAUACCACCAACGGUGGUUGAGAUCUACAUCUGUGGUGUGAAACCCAAGGACGAGGACAUUGAGUGGACAACGAAAGCGAGUCUCUUCGUGUAUAACCUCAUCAUUGGAAUGGAACUCAAUGGAACCAUUGUGCUCAGCCUGGGCACAACACUUUGGUUAGAGCAUCUGACGCAGCUUGCCUACCUGCCACAGCUGAAGGAAACCAUUCACCAGUACAGUGUCAAGAGGGAAUUACUCAGUCAUAAGUUAGGUGUGAAAAACCCUGAGCAUAUGUCCGAGCUGUACAAAUUAUGCCACGGCAAGGUGGCGCUCCCACUACUCACUGUUCCAAAGAAAGGAGGCGUUCCUAAGUUUACGUACACACUUGGAUCUGUUCGGACGGAGGUGCUACCAGAAUCAGACCAGUACCACGAGGUCUGCGUGUCAGCCGUCAUCACACCUCACUUGUUCUUCGUGCAGAAGUUUGCCAAUCAGGAUGAGAUUGAGGGAAUGUAUGAUGAAAUCAACAAGGAUGCUGAGUCUCUUGAAGCAGUCGACCCGAACAUGAUCACAUCCGGGAUGCUGUGCCUGGGCAAGUUCUCACAGACUGACAGCUGGUACCGCGCCCAAGUUCUUUCCAUGAAGGAGAACAAAUACGAAGCUUUCUUUGUCGACUACGGUGACAAGGAGUUUGUAUCCCUGGAUUGUCUGCGUACCCUACCAGAGAAGUUUGCCAAGUUACCGCUACAGGCCAUGGAAUGUGCCCUCGUCAAGGUCUCACCGACUGGAAACAAGUGGGAUGAGGCAGCCUCAGAUGCAUUCUGGGACAUGUGUGUUUUGGAAAACGGCGACCGGAAGAAACUUUUUGCGAGAGUCAGAUCUCGGACAAAUGCGUCUCUGGCGGGAAUGCACAAGUGCCAUGUUGAGGUGACAGACACGACUUCAUCCGAUAACCUCUUACUGUCUCAGGAGCUGGUCACAGCUGGUCACGCUCUCGCCACACCAGAAUCAGUCCAGGAGUUAUUCCCUGAUCUUGACCUUGACCUUGAGGUAGAGGUCGAUGAAACUGAGAAAAUCCCCUUCUUCUGUGCCAGAAUGUAUCUGAGUAACGUUGCAACCGACUCCGUCACUCUUGCUCAGGCGUGUAAGGAUAUCGUGGCAGAGAAUGACAGGAGUGAUCUGCUGAAGGCAGGGGCUCAUUUGGCUAUGUGUAAAGUCGUGGCUUUCUUGCCUGAGCAGACCAGCCAGUACCUGCUGCUUCAAGCCAUCUCAACACUCUUGGAUGAAGACAGUGCCAAAGAAGAGGCCUAUCAGAGUGGAGUUCUGAGAAACUUCUGUAGAAUACUCAGCAAGGAGAGCUCCUCGACGUUGUCUCAAUUGGAAGUGGCCAAGAUGCUCUGUGGUUUCUCCGGCAACUAUCGCUACUGCUACGAAAUUGGACACUGUGGUGGCAUCAAGCAUUUGUGUACACUGGCCGGGGCGGUGAAACAAGAACAUAUUUGCCUCACCUUCCUCCGGUGUCUCUUCAAUGUUUGUAAUGGACAUCGCGCAAAUUGUGAUAUCGUGAAGGACUGUGGAGGCAUACGAAUCCUCUCUCGCCUGCUGGUAAAUUACGACAGAAAGGAAAACAUGGAGUAUAUCUUGGACCUAUUAUACUUGCUUGUGGAGAAUUUGGAGAGCACGGAUGUGAUGAGAAAGAAUGGAACCAUAGAGUCCUUGGUGCUGAAUCUCGGCAGAACUGUUCAUGUAGAUUUGAUUGGUGACAUGGUUGAGUUGCUCUCCAUCCUGUCAGGCCAUAGUGCAGCCAAUAAAAAGGUCAUGAGAGAGGAAGGCAUCUCAGAAGCUUUAGAGAAGCACUGUCGUAGACAUUCACGUUGCUCAGAAGAAGUCCGAACCAAGUGUAAAGAACUUUAUCGACUGUUCAACCCUGCUGGCUAUAUUGAGCCAGAACUGAGGCAACUUCGUCCAAUGACACAAGUAAAUGGCGGUACACACAUUGAGAAUACACCAAUCAUUGAAAGGGAUAUCAUGCCAUCCAAACGUGUUCCUGCUGAAGUGCUCUGGUCCCAGAAGUCAUACUGGGUGCUACUUAUCAUCAAAGUUCCAGAAGUGAAGAAGCAUGUAAUUGAUUGCAAACAUGAUGGGUUGAUAUUUCGGGCAACAGUUCAGGAAACUGAGUAUUACGUCAACCUGGAGUUGUUUGCUGAUGUCAUGCCCGAGGAUUACCAGGUGCGUGUGCUGCCGAGCUGUGUCAUGGUCGGCCUGAAGAAAGCGGUGAAAGCCAGGUGGCUUAGACUACUCAAACACAGGGGGAAGCCUUCCUACAUCAAGAUAGACAUGGAGCGUUACGUGAACUCGUCCUCGGAGUCUGAGGGAGAAGGCUCACACGAAUCGCCCUUCGUUUUCAGACAAAAAAAAAGCCUUGGUGAUUUCUUGGCAGACGAGCGGUCCGAUAUCCCAAAGUAUCUUAACGCACGGCCAGAGCCAGAACAUGUGGCUGAAUCGUCAGAUUCUGAUUCAGAUUGCCCGAGUGAUGAGUUUGAUUCGGGUGUCAUGAGAUGGGCAGACAAGGACGAGUUUGAUAUAUUUGCUCAUUAAAUUUGUGGCAAUCGUUGCUAAUACAUGUACAUGUUAUGUACUACUAGCCAAGUCAUUUGAAGUUGUGUUUGUGUCAAAAGUCGAGGUGCCACAGGGAUAUUGACAAUUUGACACGAGUGAUAUGCUUUCCAGUUAUAAAUUAUUUUUUAAACAGUGUAAUUAACGCCUUCAGCGCCGAACCACGUAGAUCUACGUGGCCCAAAUCCCCCUCCCUUUGAGCUGGUUAUCGGAGUCUCGUAGGACUUCACGAAAGAACUACGCCAUCGCCAUCUUCAGGGCAAGGAAGGAACUGAAAAGACCAAGGCAGUUCCUACCUUGUCCUGAAGAUGGCGAUGGCGUACUUCGUUCAUGAAGUCAUUCAACGUUCUGAACUACGCCAUCGCCAUCUUCAGGGCACGGUAAGAACUGAAAAGGCCAAACGGUGUUUUCAGUUCCUACCUUGCCCUGAAGAUGGCGAUGGCGUAGUUCUUUCAUGAAGUCCUUUGAGACUCCGAUAACAA